AUGACCGUAACAUUGCAGCCGCAUUUCGCGCAGGACAGGCGUCCCCAACGUCUUUUGGUAGCCCUUAUCGCAUGUUUCAUCCUCCAGCUUUAUGAUGCAGACGCAGCAGCUAGGCAGCUUUCUGGGCAGGAAGGUGGUGCCCUCUAUCGGGCAGGAUUUCAAAAUGGGAAUAUCGGAGGGCCAGCACGCCGUUUGCUACGGGUCUCCGAUCGCAGUCUUGAGGAGGAGAGGUCGCAGCCAGCGCUCGCUGCAGCCUACAUGGAUUCCCUGCUCGCGGACCCUGUGGCUGCACGGGCGAGGCUUGUCGGUGACUUCACCAAACGCAGCAAAGUAGCCGUGAUCUACAUGUGCUUCGAGCGGAUGGAAAUGAUACAUCGCGCCGUCCCAGCCAUCCUCCGCAGCGAGGGCUUGGCUGAAUUUGACUUAUUCAUUUCCCAGGACGGUGGAGCUGCGUCUAUCUUCGAGAAUGGAACCGUGUCCAGGGACGCGCCGUUCGUUUAUAUUCGCCAUCCAGCCAACCUUUGUACGGGUCUGCACCAUUACUUUGUCAAGGCUUUCGCUUUCGACAUUAUGGGUUACGACAUUCUGUUGAUCGUGGAGGAGGACAACGUUGUACAUCCCCAGGCACUGCAGCUGCUCCGCCGUAUGGCACAGCUAUCAGUGGCCGAGCAGGAUAUUGGCAUUGUGAGCUUGCUUGAUCUGGACAUGUCACCAUUUCUGGAUGCCGAACGGUUCGCCGAGGGCCUUAUCCAGACAGUUGGGCAUAUGGGUCAUUUAUGGGUCUUCGGCCUGCACCGCGCCAAGUACAAUGCUGUGCGUGCCUGCUUGCGUGACUACUACGAGGUCAUCAAGGGCCAUGACUACCGUGUGAAGCAUUUACCUCCACUACGCGACGCGAUUCAGGGGUUGAUGAAGGAGGAAGGCUUCCCAGUAACCACCGAGCUAUCGCAGGACCGCUGGUUUAUCAACUCUCUAUCGAAAUUUGGUUUCACGAAGCGCUACCAGACGCUCUUCCGCUUCUUCGAGCCCAUCGGUAGCUACGGCCUGCAUUUCCAUAUGAACGAGUCGCUAUUCUACGAGAUGUUUGGGCGUGGCAUGUACGGUGGUCGCAUCGAUCCAAAUGCUGCAUUUGAUGUCACCAAGGAUCCCGCCGAUGGUGACGCAAUCAAGGCCACCGUGCAGGAACGGUUAACAGCCCUGUUCAACAAGCACUGGGCCGGUGCUGCGCCGCCGCCAGAUCUGAUGAACACCACGUACCAUGGCAUCCUGGAAGGCCGGCUGAAUGGUCUAGAGGUCGUCAGGGACAUCAUGCGCGGACCGCAUCAUUAG